UUAAGAAUAUUUCCACGAUUAUGUGUCAGUAACUUUUAUUUCCCUCGCCGCGAUUUGCAUGAAAUUUACUCUUCGCGAGUCCGUUAGGUUGACAAACAACAGAGCUGGGCAGAUGAAUGAAAAAAACGUGAACGGUUCCACCGUCGAAGGUGGAAAAAGUGAUUCCGAACAAAUGUUUAAUGGCAAACAAGUCGUAAAGAAGACACAGAAAAUUCAGUUUGGUAUUCCGAAUCUGGAAAGUAAAUUCUGAACAGCUCGUUGGACAAACGGACCUAAAUAUUUGUAUCUAAUCAGAAUAACGACUCUUACAGGACAAAUAUUUAAGAACGAGCGUUCUUCGUAAAACGUAUUCUGAGCGGUCAUUUCAUAAAUAGUAAGGCGAACAAGGUCGCAGGUUUCUGCUCAACUCGAUCUGCAAUUCAGCCUAAUUAAACGGGUGUCGACGUCGAUUUUAAUUAGGGGCAAGACCUGACCGCGGUUGAGCCGCUCGUCACAGUCUGCGUUCUAUAGUGAAAGGAGGAGGGCGAAAUUUAUUCGAUUAAACGAGGAAGAGCUCGAAGCUGUUUAUCAGGUGACGCAGGCGCUUUAAAUGAAGUCGAAGACGGCAAAACGAAAUUCCGGUGGCGCUGGAAAUCGGCCGACUACGCUGACUGGAACGAGAACGCAGGUGCAGCCGCAUCGUAAUAUCAGUACCGGAAUUCUCUGCUUCACCUGCAGCCUCUGUUGCAUUCUGAGCCUGAUCUGCACGUGUCUAACUACGUUGCUAGUGCUUAUCGAUCAUAGAGUCGAGGCCGCCAGCUUUCAGAACUCUCAAGUAAGCAUGACUCCUGGACUGGUUCCCGAUUUGUCGUUUCGACUGCCGAAGGAGGUUAAACCGCUUCAUUACGACGUCUACCUGCACCCGGACCUGGAAAAAGGGACGUUCCAAGGUAAAGUGACGAUUCUGAUCGAUGUCGCCGACAAACGGAGUUACAUAGCGCUUCAUCAAAAGGAUCUGAACAUCACCGCGGCCGCGUUGAACACGUACGACCGCGAGGAGAACUUUGAGUUCGACCUGCUCGAACUUAUACAAAUACCGAAGUAUGAAAUGUUCGUGGUGCCGACCAAAAACGAGCUUCACGCCGGUUUGUACAAUCUCAGCCUCGAGUUCAACGGGGCGCUGCAACCGGACAAGAUCGUCGGCUUUUAUUCGAGUAAAUAUAAGGAUGAACAGAAUAAAACCAAAGUUAUCGCGACGUCAAAAUUCGAGCCGACGUACGCCAGAAGAGGAUUUCCCUGUUUCGACGAGCCGGCGUUUAAAGCCGAAUACACGGUGAAGCUAGUGCACCCGAACAGUGAUUCCUACAACGCUUUGUCUAACAUGAACGUCGAGCAUAUAGAAAUGAAUAAGCCAUCACAAGGAUUGACGACGGUGACAUUCGCGAAGAGCGUCCCGAUGUCGUCGUAUUUAGCCUGCUUCAUAGUCAGCGACUUUAUCGCUUUGACAAAAACCGCCAACGGUCUCAAUGGUCGUAAAUUUCCUGUUUCCGUAUACGCGACGAGAUCCCAACACCAGAAGGGCAUGUUCGCACUUGAAAUGGGCGUGAAGAUCCUCGAGUAUUACAUAAACCUCUUCAGAAUCGAUUAUCCUUUACCAAAGCUCGACAUGGCAGCGAUACCAGAUUUUGUAUCGGGCGCGAUGGAAAAUUGGGGCCUUAUUACGUACAGAGAGGCGAGGUUGUUGUACGACAAGAAAACCAGCUCGACUACGCAAGCUUACGAUGUUCUGACUGUCGUCAGCCACGAGUUUGCCCACAUGUGGUUCGGAAACUUAGUCACUUUGGCCUGGUGGAACGAUUUAUGGCUGAACGAAGGGUUCGCCUCUUUUAUGCAGUACAAGAGCGCCGACGGAGUGCUACCUGACUGGGGCCUGAUGGAUCUAUUUUUAAUUGAACAAAUGCACUCCGUUUUCGUGACCGACGCCAAACUUAGCUCCCAUCCAAUCGUCCAGACCGUCAGUAAUCCUGACGAGAUAACUGCGAUAUUCGAUGAGAUAUCGUAUAAAAAGGGUUCGUCGGUUAUCCGAAUGAUGGAGAAUUUCAUCGGUCCUGAGCCCUUCUACGGUGCUAUCACUACUUACUUGAAGAAAUUCAUGUACCACAACGCGGAAACGUCCGAUCUAUUCAGAAUAUUGCAGGACGCUUCGCCAGAAUUGAACGUGACAAGUAUUAUGGACACGUGGACCAGGCAAAAAGGAUUCCCCGUGGUGAACGUGAAGAAGACUGACAACAAAUAUAUUUUAACGCAGAAACGAUUCCUGGCGGAUCCCGACGCCAAUUUCGAUCCCUCCGAAUCCGAAUACGGGUACAAAUGGAUCAUUCCCAUUACUUACAUCACAAACAAAAUGUCCAAGCCUACGCUGGUAUGGUUCGACAAUAAUGCCAAAGAGUUGGUGAUCGAAUUGAAGGAAUCUGUUGACUGGAUUAAAUUCAACGCGGACGAGGUGGGGUACUAUCGUGUUAAUUACGAGCCAGCCGAAUGGAAGACUCUUGAUAAUCUUCUCCGAAAUCAGCAUAAGACACUGUCCGUAGCGAAUAGACUGCAUCUUCUGGAAGAUGCAUUCAGUUUAGCAAGUGCUGGAGAGCUGGAUUAUGGCAUAGCGAUGAACAUGACAGUGUACCUUCCUCUUGAGAAGCAUGCUUUGCCAUGGAGCGUAGCUUCUUCCAAAUUGACUGACAUCGACACUCUGCUAUCCUCCACUAAUUUCUCGUCAAAAUUUAAAACAUAUGUGAAACACUUGGUAGACUGUGUGUACCACGAAGUAGGAUGGACUGUGAGUGAUAGCGACGACCGCGUUUUCCUGAAACUUCGUACAACGAUUCUGAGCCUGGCCUGCAGCAUGGAGCACGAGGAAUGCUUGGCAGAGGCAGGGAGAAUAUUUAAAAGCUGGAUCCGAGAUCCUAAUGACAUUCGGCCGCACCCUGACAUUCGCAGUUUUGUUUAUUAUUACGGGAUGCAUCAUAUCGGUGACGAGGCCAUGUGGAACGUGGUAUUCGACAAAUUCAUAGCCGAGACUGACGCGACAGAAAAAUUAAAAUUGAUGAAAGGCUUGGCUGGCAUACGAUCCAGUUGGAUUCUGAACAAAUUCAUCACGACGGCCUCGGACGACAACUACGUCCGCGCCCAGGAUUUCUUCAGCUGUUUAACCGCGAUCUCGUCUAACCCCGUGGGUACGCCAUUGGUAUGGGACUGGGUGCGUUCCAACUGGGAGUUCCUCGUCAACAGGUACACACUGAACGAUCGUUACCUGGGCUCGUUGAUCCCGUCUAUCACCAAGACUUUCGCUACCGAGACAAAAUUGAACGAGAUGAAGGCGUUCUUCGCCAAGUACCCCGAGGCUGGCGCCGGUGCCAUGAACCGCGCCAAGGCGUUGGAGACCGUGGAAAACAAUAUAAAAUGGUUGGCCAGGAACAGUGACAAAUUGGAGAACUGGUUGGACGCCAACACGCGUCGCAAUGUGUAAAAAGUUAUUUCAGAAGAACAAAUGUAUGCGCGAAACGUUGGUGAUGCGAACUCGUAAAACCCGAGACUUCAUUACAAGAAUACAUAUUCAUAUACACUAGAUUUUUUACUCGUUACAUGUACAUGAGACUUGUCAAUUUUUUUAUAAAUAAAAUUGAACUCCGAAGCAGA